UCAUACCCGGUCCCAUGCCCAUGCCCAUGCCCAUGUCGGUGCUGCCAAUAUCGAUAACCCCAACGCCUCCUUGCGCCGUGUGCACCCAUAAAUUAUACAUCAUCACCGAGCCGCGCAUUCGCAAUGGCCGAGACGAUAUGACGCGCUCCGGCUCUGCUCGACAAGACGUCUAGUCGGACUGCUCCCUUCACACCAUGUGCACCUGUGCCGCGUGCCCUUCACACGUAUAGCUCGAGCGAUCCCGUCCUGUCUGGUCGUCUUUUAAUCAACCCAGUCGAUCCAGCCAGCUCAACAUGGAGAAGCUCAAGAAUAAGAUUCUGAACCCUAAGCGACGCUCCCACCAGCCUGAAGAUUUAAGGCAAGACUCUGCGCUUUCCCGCCCCGGUUUUCAUGACUGGGCUGUCGCUUUUGUAGUGUGCAAUUUCAACGUCGAUGUCGGACCCGAGAUAGAAAUCAUUUACCCUCCAGAUGUAUCCUUCUCCACGGCGGACCUGAGUGCAAUCUGCUUCAACAGCUUUCCAGAGCAGCAGAAUACCGAAACAGUCGAUGACCUUACGUUCAACUUCACCAUUACCAACUCUUCCCCGGAUGUCAGCAUAUCCUCUCCACGUGCGCCAUAUGGCAGCGCGGAUACCUUCUAUGCCACAUGCGUUUUCCGUCAAGAGUUUGACCACACCAUGAAAAGGAGCUUCAACCAGCGAACACUUGUUCUCGUUUCGGCUCACAACUUUCUGUCCUUUCACACCCGACUGUUGCAUAGCAUGACAGAAUCUGGUCUUAUCAGUGACCCAGCAACUUUGGAGGCCGCUUACUCCUCGAUGGUCACAUGGCCAUCACCCAAAAUUGGUCGGCAAGAGCUGCCCUUCCUGGGGUCGGUCAUCAGCUUAGACAUUGCUCCGCAUUUUGCUUUUCCGCUUCAAGGUCUGCCAGGACCAACACCGCUUAUUUCAGACAAGCCGUCGUCUAUCUACGCUUAUGAGCCGUUAGGAUCCUGGGAUAUAAUGAUGCAUUUCAUGCCGUGCAUUACUGACCUGUAUGUCAUAUACGAAAAGCUGAUAUUAUGCGAAAGUGUGGUUGUUGUCGCCAAGUCACCUCAACUGGCUAGUGAAGCCGUGUCCUCACUUGUUGAUCUGAUUCGGCCAGUCCCAUAUGCUGGCAUUAUCAAACCAUACAUGACUAUGCAGGCAAAUUUCCAGUGCAUCGGCAUCGAUGGUGGAACACCCCGGCCUUUCAUAAUUGGAAUCACCAACCCUUUUCUUCUCAAACGCAUCGUAGCUGCAACAGAGAAGAGUCAACAACUUCGCCCACACAUUCUAUACCUACAGAGUUUCGACGGCCCUGUGCCGGUCAAAAGGCAUCAUUCCAUCCACCACAAAUCAAGCCGCAAUGUGUUACUUGACCUUCCUGGUGGUGGCAUAGAAGCAAGAAUGCCCUCGAAACGCUUCUUGAAAUCGGACCACGCUGUUGUAUCCCAUAUCGAGACCCUUGUGAAGGGCGGGGACCAGACCCAUGAGCUAGGGCCCCUGAUCAGGCGACAUUUCGCGGAAGUAACAGCACAGUUCAUUGCACCCAUCAACCGCUAUCUCACUACGACAAAUGUCGUCUCUCCUGGUGGCAAUCAACACUACGCCAGCUUUUCAGUCCACGAUUUCAUUCGCAAUUUAGGAAAGCACGGAACCAGCAUAAAGCUGCGUGGACAAGGUCCAAUACAACGGCAUCGCGCAAGGGACGCUUUCUAUGAGUCAUUUUGCUCCUCAAUAAACUUUCACUCGUGGCUGGAGAUGAAGAUCGCUUUGGAGACUGAGGCUAGCGCGGGACUAUUGGGAGCGGGAUCUGCCGCAGGCAGUUGAAGACCCGAGAAGAGCUUGAAUUUCAACGACCUA